AUGUUGUUCACACUGUCCAUCCUGCAGGAGUACACUAUUGACGUCUUCUUCCGCCAGAGCUGGAGGGAUGAGAGGCUUAAGUUUGAUGGGCCUAUGCAAGUUCUGCCACUCAACAACCUUCUGGCCAGCAAGAUCUGGACUCCUGAUACUUUCUUCCACAAUGGAAAAAAAUCUGUGGCCCACAACAUGACAACUCCUAACAAACUCCUACGACUAGUCGACAACGGCACGCUUCUCUACACAAUGAGACUGACCAUUCACGCAGAGUGCCCCAUGCACCUGGAGGAUUUCCCGAUGGAUGCACAUGCCUGUCCUCUCAAGUUUGGAAGUUAUGCUUACACAAACAACGAGGUGAUUUACUUGUGGACCCAGGGAGACGAGCGGUCAGUGGCUGUGGCAGAGGACGGCUCCCGGCUCAACCAGUAUGACUUACUGGGUCACGUUACUGGGAAAGAAACCAUCAGUUCCAGCACAGGAGAAUAUGUUGUGAUGACAACAUAUUUCCAUUUGAAACGGAAAAUUGGCUAUUUUGUGAUUCAAACCUACCUGCCGUGCAUCAUGACUGUGAUACUGUCUCAGGUGUCCUUCUGGCUCAACAGAGAGUCCGUUCCUGCACGCACUGUUUUUGGGGUCACCACUGUCCUAACCAUGACCACCCUGAGCAUCAGUGCUAGAAACUCCCUCCCUAAGGUGGCCUAUGCCACUGCCAUGGACUGGUUCAUGGCUGUGUGUUAUGCCUUUGUCUUCUCUGCCCUGAUUGAGUUUGCUACAGUCAACUACUUCACCAAGCGCAGCUGGGCAUGGGAUGGGAAAAAAGAGGGCAUGGAAAUAAGGGAACCGUUUCAGGCUAACAUGGCCAGGAUUAAAGAUAUGAGAAGAGAGUCUGCCACGUUGUCCAAAAAGACCAACAACACCUUCAACAUUGUCGGGACCACCUACGCCAUGAACGUGCCCAAAGACCAGGGACUGACAACCAUUUCCAAGAGCGCCCCGGGACCAUCAGCCAGACACUCGUACCUGCACAGAAUGGACGACCCCUACACAGAGGCCAAGAAAUCCUACAACCGCGUCAGCAAAGUUGACAAAAUAUCGCGCAUCAUUUUCCCAAUUCUGUUCUUCAUCUUCAACUUAGGCUACUGGGCCACGUACGUCAACAGAAAGCCUGCCAUCAUGAAGGCAAACAACCAAAACUGAAUCCUACCAAAUAGCCCGGUUUGCUUGGGGAAGGUUGAAAGAUUGAUAGAAGGCCAAGUCCAUUGCAUUUUAAUGUGUGCGUAUGUUUGUGUGCGCAUGUAUCGUGAGUCUGUUUUAUCCUUUUUUUUUUUUCUUUUACAUUUGAUAUGUUGCUGCAAGGCAAAGUUCAACAUGCAUAAGAUUCACAUGUAGUGGUGAACCCUGGAGGAAGCAUAUUCUCACAUCGGUCUGUGUAUGUGUAGCGUUGUACUUUUUUCCUUCCCCAUUUCGCUCUGGCCCUGUUCCCCCCUUCGAGAGGUACCACAAGUUCCAAGUUCCAAGCCUAGAUUGUUUGCCGUUUCGUAGAGUAGUCAGACUGUGCUUUCCCCACGUUUGGACACGUUUGUGUUGUAGAGCAAGCAGGCAUUUUAAGUUUCCACCGCUCAUUACCAGUGAUAAGGCGCUGACACAUCCACUGAGUAGACAACACGUUUGCACACGGACACACAACGAUGCAACAGAAAAAGAAGGCAGAGCCGCUCUCUGGUCACAUUGCUGUGCUCGGUUAGCUAGGCACAGCCUGUAUAGACUUUAUCAUUAAUAAUUGUCAGCGUCUGGCUUUCAGCUCCUGCUGAAUAUCAGUCCCAAUGCCCACUCCACAUGUUCUAGUCCACUUGUUCUUAUUGUUUUUAACUGGCUGAUUAUGGUUCAGUGACAGAUAAGCUAUGUGCCUUGGUAAAUACGCUCAUCACAAAGAUAAAGGCUGGAACAUGCUUAAACUCACAUUUCCGACACAUUCAUGCGCAAAAGCCAGCGUCUGUUUAACAUGCAGACAUUCACUGGUAUCCACUGGGCUAACACACUGCAUUAUAUCGACCGGCUGGCGGAUAAGGGCGCAAAAGUGUAAAGCUGCCUCUCAGUGUGUAAUGUGAACAGAUCUCUGCCUAUGAAAAGAUAAAGCGAAGAGUUAAGGAUGUGAUAUCGUCAGUCAUGUGCAUUUAUGUUUUGACUCGUGGUGCAACGCAUCCAUGAGCUGAGCAGUCACAACACAACGCCACCAUUACCUCAGAUUUAAGGGUUGAUGUUCAGUGUCUGUAUUUCAUAGAGGUGUAAUUUACAUUAGAUGUUUCAUUCAUUCAUACCAGAUAAUUCGGUUUUAUUUGACUCGGUUAUUGUUGCCGCUCCAUAAGUUUCCUACCCAGCCAAAAAAAGUUGAUUUUUGUCAUUCUUUUAUACUCUGUUGUGUGAAGUGUGUUGGUGCUCAUUUGAUUCUCGACAUAUGCCGUGUUGGUUUUGUGUUAGCUUGUAGAUAACAAAUGCCAAUAUGCCACAAUCAAAUAAGAGUCAUUAUUGGAGAUAAUUAUACAAUAACAUCCUGUCAAAUAAAUUGCCCAGUUCUCCACCUAUUUAUUUACUGGUUUAAUCAUCCAAUAGAUUAUUUUGGAGCAGGUGGUCUCCGCACUGACAAACGUCUCAAACUUUUUAUCUCCAUUUGAUUCGUGGCAUCUGUAUAUGUGUGUGACAAUCUUUAGCUAUGUGUUUAAUUUGGUA